AUGAGUUAUCGCGUCUUUAUUGUCGCCCUGGCAGGGGUCGUAGCUACAGCAAAUGCUGCUUCCAUCGCGUAUGACAAAGUACAACCAAUUGCCCAACCAAAGCCAGUCACGAUCUCAGAGAAAGCCGGCGUCAAGUUCAAGCCUCAACUCUUUGUCGACUCUGGUUGUUUCACAUUCCCCGCCGUGAAUGCUGCGGGCGAGACGAGCAGCGGGCUGCCGGCGGAACAAGGAAACUAUUUCUGCGUGAAGCGGUAUAAUCUACUCGGCUCACAGGUUUACGGUCGUGCUACGUGGUACAAGGGAGUCUGGGCCAUCAUGUACGCCUGGUACUAUCCUAAAACGAUUACUGCACUUGUUGCAACGGCAACGCAUGACUGGCAAAAUGCAGUUGUGUGGAUCAAUAACCCCGAUCUGGAAUCCCCCAAGAUCAUGGGACUAUCGACGUCAAAGAAAUCGGAAACUGACCACACAAAGCCACACAUUACACGAGAGACGUUUAAGUCCGACGUCACUUACGACAAGCGAACGAAGGAUUUCGAUCAGUUUCUCGAUGGUACUAGCUUUAAACUUGCUAGUACCCUGAUUUUGGGGCCCAUUUUCCUGCGUCCGAUGACCGAGAAAAAGGGCGAAUUUCAGGAUCUUGUCAUGUGGAGCCAGCUCCCGGAUGUGGCACGAGCGGCUCUCAAUUCAACAGAAAUCGGAAAUGUGCCUUUCAGCGACGCGAAUUUUCAGAAAAAGCUCGCCGAAGCCUGGCCAUUUUAA